AUGAGAUUUGUUAUUUUUAUUUUAGCUUUAUUCACAUCUUAUGUAAGAAGUGUCUUUUUAAGUGAGUUUUUGUACAUUUUUCCGAAACUCUUCAAUUUUUCAGACAACUGUAAUGUGAUUGUUCAACACAAAACGGCUUUGGAAAUGAGAGAAAUUGUCAAACAAAAAUGUAUAAAAUAUUCGAAACACAUGGAAAUGACGUCGGAUGAUGAAAUUUUCAAAUUUAUCAACUCAAUUAAAAGUUUCUCAAAUUUUGUUGGAGCAAUAAUUAAUGAUGUUGGAUGUGGACCAUUGGUUGAUUUAUUGGCAACUCCAACAAAACUUGAGAUGGUAGAAAAACAAAAAGCUUUAAAAAAAUGCCAAAUAGAUGCUACACUUCGAAAUUCGAUAACAUUAAACCCACGUCCAUUCGCUCGAUCGAAUUGUGAAAAAACCGCAGGAUUUCAAUAA